GGUAGUUGGUUCAUAAUUCUCCAAUCAGCAAUGAGAGCAGUGUAGCGUCACUCCAGUCCGAACGGAAGUGCUUGCGGGGGAGCGUGACAGUGUGUUGCAACUGUCGAAGGAGAAUACGAAGGUAUCCUGGUCCCUUAACCUCUAAAUGAAAUGGCUGAAAAUGCAGCUGACUGCGAGAUACCACAAAGACGUGUAGGGAUAACCAAGGAGCAACAGAAUGGAAGUUUUGUGGAUUCUUCAUGUUUAAGAGAGAGGAAGCAAAGAGACAAAGAAGAGAGGCAAGCACUCGUCCUCUGGAAACAUCCCAUAACCACACUGCAGUAUUUCUUUUUUGAACUGCUCCUAGAUGCGAAGGACUGGACUUUAAAGUUGUACAAGCGCAGAGGAAUGGUUUGCACCUUUGCAGCAAUAUUUCUAAUAGUUACAUCUGCAUACUACAUUGAAGGAGCUCAUCAAGAGUUUGUGCAGUAUGUAGAGAAGAAAUUUCUAUGGUGUGCCUACUGGGUAGGCUUAGGCAUUUUGUCCUCUGUUGGUCUUGGGACAGGUCUUCAUACUUUUCUUCUUUAUUUGGGUCCACAUAUAGCUUCUGUAACACUGGCUGCCUAUGAAUGUAACUCUGUCAAUUUUCCUGAGCCUCCAUAUCCAGAUAAAAUAGUUUGCCCUGAAGUAGAAGAGCUACAGAGUACUAUAUCUCUUUGGGACAUCAUCUCCAAAGUGCGGUUGGAGGCCUGUAUGUGGGGUGCUGGCACUGCUAUUGGUGAGCUUCCCCCAUACUUCAUGGCUCGUGCAGCCAGGUUGUCAGGAGCAGAACCAGAUGACGAGGACUAUGAGGAAUUUGAAGAAAUGCUGGAACAUGCUCAGAGUGCUCAGGAUUUUGCCACCCGCGCCAAGCUUGCUGUUCAAAAUAUGGUACAAAAAGUUGGAUUUCUGGGGAUUCUGGCUUGUGCUUCAAUUCCAAACCCCCUCUUUGAUCUGGCUGGAAUUACAUGUGGACACUUUCUUGUUCCAUUCUGGACCUUUUUUGGUGCAACAUUGAUUGGUAAAGCAAUCAUUAAAAUGCACAUCCAAAAGCUGUUUGUUAUAAUAACAUUUAGCAAGCACAUAGUGGAGCAGAUGGUGUCCCUCAUUGGUGCUAUUCCUAGUCUUGGCCCAUUGCUGCAGAAACCAUUUCAAGAAUAUCUGGAAGCACAGAGGCACAAGCUGCAUCAUAAGUCGGGGGACACCACGCCAGACAACGAAAAUUGGCUCUCCUGGAUCUUUGAGAAGGUAGUGAUUGUCAUGGUGUGCUACUUCCUCUGCUCCAUUGUUAACUCAAUGGCUCAAAGCUACGCCAAGCGAAUCCAGCAACAGAAGUACUCUGAGGAGAAAACAAAAUGAUAUUAAUGCUUCCUUUAAUCUCUAAGCAGGUACAGGGUACAGUUGAGCAGGCUAAGCUGCAUUUCAAAAACCUCACUCCGAAAACUGUCUUUCUGUUAACUGGGACCGCAUAUUUAUUUGCUCUCCUCAUUUCCAUCCAUGCCCCCAAUUUUGCCCAUUUAACCCAAGCCCUCCUUUUUAGAUACUUUUGGGGGAAAUGCACACUUGACAUCAUGUAGUAAGGGUAGUCCUUAUUUGUUUACUGGGUUCAUUAGACUUGUUUCCCCUAUAUCUUCUUAAGUUACUUUAAUUAUUGUGUAGACUAUGAAAUGGUAUUUUAGUAACCUUGAACCCGUCAUCUCUCUGUGAGUCAGAUCUGCAGCAGCCUGCAGCUGUUAAUAAGGCAUUAUGCAUACGUGGGCUCGGCUCGCCCCUUGGAUUUAGUUCUUUUCCUCAGCCUCACUUGUACAACUUGACUUCUGCAUAGAUUCUUGGGGAAGCUUCAGUACACCCUCAGGUUGUGUGAAGUCCAUAAAUAGCUAAUUCAGUUUUUUCUUUUGUUUGUAAAUUAUUCUGUCAUUUGUAUUUUUGCUUAUUUAAUUAUUCUACAGUAUAGCAAUAUGAAGAGAAUUUGUGCAAGUUAAUUUAACAAACUAAAUGACGUCUGGCACAAACUUGUAAAUAAAUCUUUUUAAAUUGCUGGCAGCGCACAUCAUUUUUCAGAACUCUUGACAAGAUUCCAUUUGUAACUGUACAUACUGUAUGUACUACACUUAAUGCCAUUUUUAUUCUGUACAUUUUAGAGAAAUUUUUGGAGCGGAAUUUAUAAAACCAUCCUCAUUCUAUUGC